AUGAUUUUAAAAGAUAAAGUUGCUUUAAUAACAGGAUCAACUUCUGGCAUCGGAAAAGCCAUAGCCAUAAAACUGUCGACACUGGGAGCCCGGAUAGUCAUUACAGGCUUAGGUGAUCCACAAGAUAUCGAUGAACUGGUAGUUGAAUGCAGACAAUGUAAUCCUCUAACAUGUAAUGCUGAUGACGUAUGUGAUGGCCCCGCCAUUAGACAACCGACAGCUAUCAGUGUUUGUGCCGAUCUAUUAGUGGACAACGAUGUCGAUAGUCUAUACCAAAUAGUGAUGACAGUGUACGGCAAAUGCGAUAUUUUAGUCCAUAGCGCCGGUGUUUUACAAUUUAAUGAUUUUAUGACUACCGGUGCCGGUGAUGGUGCUAACUAUAUGGACAGUUAUGAUCAGGAAAUGCUAUUUGUAAGGAACAGCCAACGAUUGACACAAUUGUUUUUGAGGUCAUUGAUUGCCAAUAAGGGUUGUAUUUGUUUUAUAACCGGUAAUUUAGAUCAACCGCAUCCGAUAAUAUUGGCCAACAAUUUAAACAAAUCGUGUAUCGAUAUGUUUAGCAAAUGUUUGGCUAUUGAAUUAAAGCCAUACAAUGUACGUGUUAAUUGUAUCAGUCCUGGAGUUAUAGCAACACCAAUGGUAACAAAUGUACCGAUGAUCAGGGAUAUAGCUUUUUCGGCCGAUUAUAUCAAUCAGAUACCAUUGCGGAGAAUCGGUACGGCCUAUGAUGUGGCCAAUGCAGUCGUUGGAUUUAUAGUGAUUGAUAAUAAGUCAAAUUUUUUAACCGGUUCAAGAUUAUCGGUAAACGGUGGACAUUGA